AUGUCGUUCUUCGGCGAGGCAAAGAACGCGUUUGAGAACUUCACGUCUCACAUCAAGAAAGAAAUUGACAAUCUCCAAGGCGAUGACGAACCCCAUGUCCAAUCUCAGAGCAAUACACAGAAUACAGAUAACACAGUUCAAAGCCAGGAUGGAGGCAACCGCUUUGACAGCUUUGCCCCGCUCAGAACUGGCAACGAAGCCAAAUGGUAUGUAGAUGGCUGCGGAUACAUGUGGGCGGUCUCUGUUGCAAUCGAGGAGGCAAGAGAGUCCAUCUGGAUAUUGGAUUGGUGGUUGAGCCCAGAACUCUAUCUCAGACGUCCUCCAACUGAAAAUGAGAAUUACCGGAUCGAUCGGAUGUUACUUGCUGCUGCUGAGAGAGGUGUAAAAGUCAACGUCAUCAUCUACAAAGAGGUUUCUCAGAUCUUGACACUUUGCUCCGAUCAUACGAAGAAAGCACUUCAACUUCACCCAAAUAUCGCAGUAUUCCGUCAUCCCGAUCACGCUCCUUCCGGCCAGGUCAUCCGCUCUGAGCUCGUAUCGAGUAUUCGAAACUUCUCGUUAAAGUCACUCCAGCUAGCUGAUGUGCCAGCCGAUGCUUUCCGGGCAUUGUAUGGAGUCCACAAAGACGUCGUUCUCUACUGGGCUCAUCACGAGAAACUUUGCCUCGUAGAUGGCAAUAUCGCUUUCAUGGGCGGUCUCGAUCUCUGCUUCGGACGCUGGGACACAAACUCUCACCCUCUAGCCGAUGCCCAUCCAACCGAUAUCAACAAAGCUCUCUUUCCCGGCCAAGACUUCAACAACGCCCGUGUUUAUGACUUCGAGGAUGUUACGCACUGGGAGAAUAACAAACUUGAUCGUACCAAAAACUCGCGGAUGGGAUGGUCUGAUAUCUCGAUUUGUCUGCGAGGACCGGUUGUCCAGGAUUUGCGAGCACAUUUUGUGCAGCGGUGGAAUUUCAUCUUUGAUGAGAAGUAUGACGUGAGAAAAGAUGCUAGGUACACCAACUUGAGAUUCGAUGCGAAGGGCAUCCCGGAAGGUUAUUACCAGCAAGAUGGAAAGAACAGUGUCGCUAUCUCGGGAGGCCAGCGCCAGCGUGGAUUGGAAGAUUCCGAAGUUGCUGAGAGGGGUUUUGGUGGGGGAGAAAGACACCAUGGACAUGGAUUCCAUCUCCCUGGUGGUCGGGGAGGGAUUUUCGAUAGGCUCCGUAGAGAAGAAGUUGAUAACUCAGGAGACUCAUAUGGAGACAGAGGCCCAGCAGGAAUGUCCAUUCAGCUGGUGAGAAGCUGCACCGAAUGGAGCAAUGGGGUCGCUAAAGAGCACUCCAUCGCAAAUGCGUACAUAGACGUAAUCCAAAACAGUCAGCAUUUUGUCUAUAUCGAGAACCAGUUCUUCAUCACAGCCACAGGCGAUCAGCAACAUCCAGUCAGAAACAAAAUCGGAGCAGCUAUCGUUGAACGCGUGGUUCGUGCGUACCGAGAGGGCCAGAAGUACAAAGUCAUCGUCGCCAUGCCUGCUGUCCCAGCAUUUGCAGGGGAUCUUCACGCAGAUGACAGUCUCGGUACUCGAGCGAUCAUGGAGUUCCAAUAUCACAGCAUCUGCCGAGGUGGCCACAGUAUCAUGGAAGAGAUUGAGAAGGCUGGAGUUCCCGACUCGAGGCAAUACAUUCGCUUUUACAACCUGCGAAACUACGAUCGGAUCAAUGCUGGAUCAGCCAUGUCGCAAGUUCGCGAUGCUAGUGGUGUCAACUAUGAAGAUGCUCGGAGAGAGCAUGAUGAUAUCGUCGGUGCUGGGUAUGAUGGCCGAGGUGAAGGCACGGGUGCUUACUAUGGACGAUCCAACCCCGCUUACGAGCAGUAUCAACAGGCUGGAGCUCAAGUGAAUGAUGGAAGCAAGUAUGAUAGCGUCAGUGCUUGCUACAUGGAUCAUGGCCCUUCUAUCAGAGAUGUCCCUUGGUCUGGCUCUGAAGAAGCAGAAUUCAACGCCUAUGUGAGCGAAGAGCUGUACAUCCACUCCAAAGUCCUCAUCGCAGAUGAUCGAGUCGUGAUCUGCGGUAGUGCCAACUUAAACGACCGUUCUCAACUCGGAGACCAUGACUCCGAAAUCGCCGUCGUGAUUCAAGACCCCACUCCAGUCGAAUCCGAGAUGAACCACGAGCCCUACCAAGCCUCUCAUUUCGCAUCAUCUCUCCGCCGCCAGCUCUUCCGCAAACAUCUCGGUCUCCUCCCUCACCAAGACCCCACUCGGCCAGAUGAUAAUUUCCUCCCUACAAGCCACGCCCCCAAUGCCUAUGACUGGGACUCUCCAGCCGACAUUCUCGUCCGCGACGUAUUAUCCGACGAAUUCGAAGAACUUUGGACUGUCACAGCAGCUACAAACACCCAAGUGUUCAACAAAGCAUUCCACGUCAUACCAGCAGAUAAUGUUCGCAAUUGGAACGACUACAAGGAGUUCUUCUCCAAGUUCUUCGUCAGUCCUAGCAAGGAGGAUGACAAGGAGAAGAUCCCGGCUAGGUAUGAGUAUGGACAUGUUGUGAAAGAGGAGUUCCCUGGUGGUGUGGCGGAAUUGAAGGAUAGUUUGGAUCGGGUGAGGGGUUCGUUGGUAGAGAUGCCGUUGUUGUUUAUGGAUGGGGUGGACUUUGCAAAGGAGGGUUUGACGCUCAAUGCGCUGACUGAUGAGGUCUACACGUAG